GUCAACAGUCACCAAGAAAAUGUCGGCUGUACGAAGUUUGGAUGUUUGGUUUUACGUUGUGGUUGGAUAUUGUUUUCUUCAGGUUGUACAACUUCAAGAAAACGUUGCUCUGAAUAAGGCAACCACACAAUCGCCAGAGUGUCCCGGUUAUGAAGGUGCAUCUCAUUUGGCUGUAGAUGGUAACACUACAACUGAAUUUGGACUAAGCAAACCACAUGCAUGCACGUGCGCAAGAGGGACAUCUUCCACAUUCUGGAGUGUUGAUCUAGGAAAACCGUAUCAACUUCACAACAUAAGAAUAUUCCAGAGGAAUAUCUUCCAUGACAGAUUAAAAGGACCUAGUGUUUCUGUUGAUGACAGUCCCUGUUACCAGUGGACGAAUAGUUCGAGUCCACCAACAGUGUUUAAUAUAACAUGUGAUAAAACAGGACAACUAGUGAAGUUCAGUGUUCCAAGGACAGAAUAUUUUGUUCUGUGUGAAGUACAGAUAUUUGCAUGUGUUGCUGGAUAUUGGGGUCCGUCUUGUAAUAAUUCUUGUAGCACGACAUGUAGAGAAGUUUCAUGUGGCAAACAGGAUGGAAGAUGUCAGUGUACGUAUUGA